AUGGCCCCGCAGCGCCGGGCGCUGCCCCGCGGCCCCGAGAGCGCCGGGACCGGGCCGGGACCGGCGACGGGAACAGGGACGGGCCGCGGGGGCCGCCGGCACAGCAGCGCCAGGAAGGGCCGGUCCCGGCAGGAUCCGCGGGGAUGGCGGGCGAAGGCAGCGAUCCUGCUCCUCCUCCUCACCGCGGCCGUCGGCGGCCUCGUGCUCUGGAGCUGCCUGCUCGCCCGGGAUGGGAUCUCCGGGGAUGGGAUCCUCCAGGACGGGGUCACCGAGGUGCUGGCACAUCGCAGCGACAGCCUGCGGGACAAGUUCGUGGAGAUCCCCUGCUCGGAGGACUACGACAGCCACAGACGGUUUGAAGGGUGCACUCCUAGGAGGUGUGGAAGGGGUGUGAGCGAUGCCAUAAUCACAAGGGAAGAAGCUGAAAGAAUCCGUAGAAUAGCAGAGAGGGGACUGUCCUUGGGAGGAUCUGAUGGAGGGGCAUCAAUUUUGGACUUGCACUCCGGAGCUCUUUCCCUGGGGAAGCAUUUUGUUAAUUUGUACAGGUACUUUGGGGACAAAAUUCACGACAUCUUCACAGAAGAGGAUUUUGCAUUGUAUCGGGAUGUGAGGCAGAGAAUUCAACAAAGGAUUGCUGAGGUGUUUGGGAUCAGCUCUUCCUCCAUGUACCUGACCAAGCCAACCUUCUUCUCCAGGAUGAACAGCACAGAGGCCAAGACAACCCACGAUGAGUACUGGCACCCCCACGUCGACAAGGUGACUUAUGGCUCUUUUGACUACACCUCUCUGCUCUACCUCUCUGACUACACCCAGGACUUCGGGGGAGGACGGUUUGUCUUCCUGGAUGCAGAUUCCAACAAGACAGUCGAGCCCCGAGCAGGCCGGGUUUCCUUUUUCACCUCUGGGUCGGAGAACCUUCACCGUGUGGAGAAGGUUCACUGGGGCACUCGCUUUGCCAUCACCAUCUCCUUCACCUGCGACCCAGAGCACGGCAUUGGGGAUCCAGUCCUGCUGUGACUCCUCUGGGGAUGGAGCACGAGGGCAAAUGGAAGGAGAGAAGCCCUGCAAGAGGAGAGGAAAAAGGGAGAUAACAUCUCCUGUUACCCCACAUUCAAUCAGAGCUGCCCAGCUGUAUCAGCAGAUUGUAAUACACUUUGUUUUCACAUGACCUUUUCCUUAAGGACCAUCUCAGAUUUGAUGCAUUCUGAAAAUGGUUUGUUCUGUCCCAAAGGGACAGGCUACAAAGAAGAGUUCUUGAGUGGGCUCUUCAGUUUUUUUUUUUUUAGUACUAUUUUUUAAAAAAUUCUUCAGUUUAAAAGAUACAAACCAUCUUUUGGGCCAUGCCUUGAUAUGUCUCCCCAUGCUGCUGUUACCUGUUUAAUUCUUUAGCCUUUUCAGUUACUCAUGUGAUGUAGAAAGUUUAACCUAAGUUAAAUGAGCAAGGUGAGUGUUAUUUUGAACACACAUUCUAUUGAGAGGAAUGGAUUCUCCUGAGCAUGGGCAUUAGUGGGCAGUACACCUGGGGUUUGGCUACUGGGACUUACUUGAACUUCUGUUUUAACUGAACUACUACUAUUUUUUGCUACAAACAGGGACUAGUUAAUACAAGGUCAGCAAUACAAUUCUCUGGCCAGAAAGCCUAUUACUUUUGGAUUGCAAAUGCUUUGUGCAAGGAAUGUCACUGCACUAGAUCCCUUUGAUCAGAAUGCAGCAUUCCCAGCUCGCCUUGUUUCCUUUGGAUUUCCAUGAAAAUGAUCAGUCUGCUGGUUGGAAGCCCAGUGUUUGGGUUAUUAAGAGCUCUUCAUGGAGAUGGCUUGACCAUGUAACCCUGUACAUUGAGUCAAAAUUCAAAAGGAGAGCUGGGCAGAGGUAACCAAUCCUCUGGAUUCAUCUAAGAAUUCCUCAUUACCCAGUGCCCAGGAAGACAUAGUUUUGUUGAGAUUUGCCAUUUGCCUGUUCUGGCCUCCUUAGACUCAGUCCUGCAAAGCCCAACUUGCUGCCUGGAGGGCUGGAUCACAAAACCUCCUGGGCCUGUGGGCUCUGAGGGAAAUUGGUGUCCACCUGCAACUGAAUUGUGUCUAAAGCAAUGUUUUAUCUGUUUCAGAAAGCCUCUCAGUAGCUAUUUUUGGACUUCUCUUUUUCAGUUUAGUAUGAAGACUUUUUUGCUGUUGACUAGGACCACUGGUAUUCCCUGGAUAAUAAACUGCAGGGGCUUCAAAGAAGAGGAGCUGUGUGAUUUGCAGUGCAGAAUCUUGCCAACUACCUUGGUUUUUUCCUGCAGUAAAUGAUUUCUGUUGUGGGUCAGGGAAUUGAUAAAUAAACUGUAGGAAAACCUAAUUUUUUUUCUCAAUCAAAUUCUGAAGCAAAUGUUGAUCUGUUUUAUUCCUAGGAUGUAUAAUUUCUAUGAAAAACUGAAAAUCUGGGAAUGUGCUUUGGUUUUUAAUUUUUUUAAAAAAAUUCUAUUCAUACAGUUUUGAUUCCUUAAUCUACCUUUUUAUGGAAAUAAUAAGUAUUGGGGGGAUUACCCUGCAGAUCAGUAUAAAGAGGAAUGGUGACAGGACACCUGGCCUUGUGAGUGCUCUCACUGGGCACACCAGCAAGAUUAGGCCUCUGUCAUUUCAUUUCUUUGUUCUCAAACCUGAAAAAAGCUUCCUUGUCUGUGCUAACAAGGAAGGAUUGUUAAAAAUGCUGGAUGCAAGGAAACAAUAAAAGUCAAUUGGGUUCCAUAUUGAAA